AUGUACUUACUCGAUGAAAUAGAAGACGGAUUAUACCUUGGAGAUAAGGAGCAAGCAUCCCAGCUUAAUCUUCUCUUCAAAUUCAAAAUCACCCAUAUUCUAAUUGCUGGCACUGGAUCAGGACUUGAACCUUAUUUUUCUUCAAGGUUUGUCUAUAAGCAGCUUCCAAUUGUGGACUGUCCAUCAUUUGACAUAUUAAAUUAUUUCGAUGAAGCCACAGAGUUCAUUGAAGAGGCCAUUAACAGUGGAGGAAGAGUGAUGGUACAUUGUGCUCAAGGAAUAUCUAGGAGCGCUUCUAUAGUUAUUGCCUAUAUUAUGAAACAAAGAUGUUGGAACUUUAGAAAAGCAAAGCUUUUUGUACAGUAUCUUCAUCAGAAUGAUAUUAAAAUGAUCACUUCGAGCAACUUCCCAGAUCUUUAGGCUAAGAAUAGCUGGAUGAAAUCAGGUUAAGAACCAAGAGUAGCUUUGUCUAGAAGUUUUAGGCCACUUUCCAAUCUGUGGAAAGAGGUAUCAAGUUAUGCUCUUUUGAGAUGGACACUCUCUGCUAAGAAAAUGGAAUUGUCUUUUUCCUGUACCCGAGAUAUGGUACCUCGGUACCAUUAUAUCAUGAAAGCUCAUCUCAUAAUGAUAUUACUCUCAUCAAACACUGCAGAGUUGUAGAAUCCAUAAGUCGCCCUAAAAAUUAAAGCCUAUAUAAUGAGGACAACUUAAUUGCUCUUAGGCUUGUGUCACAUUAUGGUCGCAAUCAGGAUGAAUCACUUGUCAUGGCUGCACUAAAUAUGGCUAAUGCUUGACUUCAAGUAUAAUCUAAUCUUCAUCCACCAACUAAGCCAAACAGAGGAUUUGCAAAGCAGCUAGAAAUAUAUAGUCGAAUUCUCUCAAUCAGAGAGCCAGCAAGUACUACAAAGCGAAAUGCUUCAUGUGCCUGCACUUUAUUUUAA